CCGGCCCUUAUUUAUUUUUAUGUUGUGUUCACACGGGCGGCUAUUCAAACGGGCCCUUAAUCAGGAUCGGGCUGUAAAACGAGCAUAUACAUACGGUAACUACUCUUCAUUGUUCCAGUUUCUAACUUCUAUUGAUCUUUAAAUUUGUUUUUCAAUGAUUGAUUCUUCUACAAAGUUCUGAUAUUUUUUGGGAUAAGAUUCCAGUUCUGUUUAUAGUUUGUUUUGUCAGAGUUAUUGUAAACCUAUGGAGUUACUAAUGUAAUAAUUAGCAUUACUAUUCAAGUAUCAAGUCCUUACAUCUGAAAUGAAUAACUGGCUAACUCAUCCCAUACCUGACCAGAACUGGUAUCUGAAUUAGAAGCUGUGGUACGUUAUAUGAUUAAUUUGUCUUAUCGACUUUCCUCUCCCCCUAGAUAAAUAUGAAAUCCUAUCAUUAUCAAGUUAUCCAAUCAAUGCUUCACUGGUGUGGUGCUCUAUUAUUAACAUGUCAGCAAUAUCAUUUCCAAUUAUUCAAUCUUAUCCCCUACCUUAUGUUUAUUUUCCUUUUUGUUUCCAGAAUGUGUGAUAUAAAUUUUCUAACACAUAAACCUUCAUGAUGAUGAGUGAUCAAAUUAUCUUGGAGGAGGAUUAUGAUGAAAAUUAUAUUCCAACAGAGGAUGAAGUCAAUGAAUAUGCAAAAGUCAUUGGUUUGGAUCCUGAAAAUGAUAAAGAUUUGAUGUGGAUUGCUAAAGAAGGUAUAAAUGCACCUCUACCUCCCAAUUGGAAACCUUGCCAAGAUGUCAGUGGUGAUAUUUAUUACUUCAAUUUUGAUUCGGGUGACAGCAUAUGGGAUCAUCCUUGCGAUGAAUAUUACAGAGGAAUGGUUGCAAUGGAGCGAGAAAAGCGGACAAAACGGUGGUUGCGAUCCUCCUGCCAAAAGAAAAACAAAAAAGAAGGAAAGAAGAAGAAAAAGGCUGAUAAAAACAAACCUAAACCUCUGGAAAGCUCUCUAAAACCAUUAAAUCCAAUCAAGGGGUUGGAUAAGCUUCCAGGUUCUGCAAACCUAUUAUCUCCAACUACUAAAGCACCCAGUCUUGGUUCAUUGUUUGGAAAUAACAUUGUUGGUGGCAUAGAAGAUCUGAAACCUAUAGCUUCUCCAUUCAUAGGAGGGACUUUAGGAAGUUCUCUCGGCAGCAGUGCUGAAAUUGGCAGAAUACAGGUGGAUAAGUUGAAAACUAUGGAUCUUGAAGAUUCUGUCGUAGAAUAUCAGGAGUCUGAAGAUCUAGAAUCAGAGGAAAGUGAAGGAGCUGUUGACAGUAUGGAUAAAAUGAUUGUAUCAUCAAACUCAGACGAAGCGAAUCAAAAAACGAAAUCAAAAAUAAAUAAAACUGGUACAGAAGAUAAAGAACCAACUGUUACUAAACAACCUUUACCGCAAACAAUUUUCAACAAAGAAAAGGAAACGAAAGAAGUCAAGCCAGAGGUGGAUUCGAAGUUACGUAUGCAAAAAUCUAGUGACGGGGAUCAUGCAUUAAUGCUUGAAAAAAUUAAAAGUACCUUGGAUUCAGAAUUUGAGAAAGAAAAAUCAAAAUUGGAAAAGGAUCAUAAGGAGAAGCUAAAGGACUUGAAACGAGAGAUAAAUGAGGAAACUGAAGAUGAAGAAGCAAAGUUAAAAGAAGAACAAAUGACGGCCUUAAUUAGAUUAAAACAGAAAUUGAAAAGUGAGAUGGGGGAAGAAGAAAAAAAGAUAAGAGCUGAAAUGCAUGAAAACCUGGUUAAAAGUCAAACUGAUAACGAAAAGUUGGAACAAAAGAAAUUAAAUGAUUUAGAAACGGCAAAACUAAAACUGGAGAAGGAAAUUGCAGAAGAAAAAUCACGAAUUGAAACCGAAAAGCAAGAAAAAUUACGUUCCUUGAGAAGCACUAAUGAACAGGAUAUUUCAAAGGAAAAAUCUCGUCUAGAAGCUGAAAAACAGGAAAAGAUCAAGUCUUUGAGAACUACGCAUGAAAUUGAAUUGGAAAGGAUGAUAAAAAAUGAGGAAGAAAGAUUUGCAAAUAAAAAGAAAUCGGCUCUCAAAGAUUUAAAACAAGAACAUGCAAUGGGUGUCCAUGGCGAACAGAAAAAAUCAAUAAACGAAGAAAUGGAAUAUUAUGAAAAAUCUAGUAUGAUGGAAGAAAUUCAUAGUGAUAAAAUUCGAAUUAUGAAAGCGGAUCAUGACAAGCAGAUACGAGAAAUCCAGGAAAGACACGAGGAACAAAUGAGACGCAUGAGAGAUGAAAAUGACGCCCAAUCUAGGAGAGAAAAGGAAAGACUGAGAACGAAAAUAGAAUACGAGCACAAAGUGGAAAUGAAUCGCUUGGAACAAGAUUUAUCUCUGAAAAAGGAAUCUCUUGCUGAAAAAUAUCAAACACAACUAUCGGCACUGCAGAAUGAUUUAGACAUGCUUAAUACGAGAAGAUCAUAUUUAAAUACGCAAAAUGAUGAAAUAUCCAGACUGACAAAUCGUGCAGAGUUAAAAAUCAAUUCCCUGAAGCAAAAGCAUCAAAGUGUUACUGAACAACAGGACAAGAUGUCUUCCCCACGGCAUUCAAAGCCAAGUACCCCAAGGCACGCAAUGAAAGACCUUGACAGCAAGCUCAAUAUUGAAGACUUGGUAGAACGAGAUAUCGAGUAUCAAGAUCAGUCACCUGUAAAGGAUUCUUUUGCUUCUGAUCCUCCAGAUGACUUGGUACAGAAUUUUUUCUCCAAAAAGUCAAAUCAAAGAGAGGAAGAUGGGAUACGAAAUGCGAGAGACUUUUUACAUAAGCAAAGGACAGCGGCAAAAAGAUCAGCAGAAGCUAGAUCAUGGCGCAGUGAUAGGAAAUCCGUUUCUGCAGAGACACAAGAACUCCUGAAAAAAAUUCAGCGGAGUUAUGUUGAACAAGAAGUUGGUCUUGACCAAAUCAGAGGUUCAGCUGAGCAGAUAUAUGCUAGAGAUAGAGAUCAACAAUUUGCAGCAAUUCCUAAUGGCAGUAACAAUGUGGCAUAUAGUGCUCCUUUCACAGAUGAAAACCGUCCAUCUGGUAUGCAUAUGAAUCAGCCUUCUCUAGAUGUUAUGCAAUAUCUCAAAAAUGUGGAUGAUAAGCUGAAUACUGUUCUUGGUUUGGUAGCAACGAAAUUGCCAGAACCUUCUCAACAACACCCAGCUAUUCCUUCUCGUUCAUAUGAUUUUAGCUAUCAGAGACCACCACAACAGUGGGCCAAUGUUCCUCAACCAGCUAUGCCUGUUUACCCUUCGCUACGAGAAGCUUGGCAUAAUUCAGUGAGUUCCAGAGUUGAUGAAGAGUUGAGAAACAUGUCUAAAUAUUUUGGGUACAGUUUCGAAUCUCAGCCACCUCCUUCAGUUCCAUAUCAUGCUGCAAGAGAAUUGCUCGAUUCCGUUGCUCCAUCCUCGCUACCACCAAGAUCAACUCGACCUAUGAAUGCAUGGGGAAUGGACCAAAGCGAACCAUUGAAAUUAUCGGCAAACGGUGGUGGAUUAGCGUGGCUGAAAAAUUCUUCCACUCCGUCACAUGAUUCAACCUCACCUCGGUCGAAUGUGAAGCUCGUUAUCGAUGAGACGACUAGUGAGUUGAAGGCAGUCCCAGAUGGCUGAAUUUACAAACCAGUGUAUUUUUUUUCACCAAAUGUUAUUCUUCCUAUAUACACAUUAUUAUAUUAAUAUAAUGCGUAGAGUUUGUACUUUAGCAUAGGCCAAAUCAUUUCUAAACACUGAAACUUUUUCUACCUUCAAGAGUGCCUUUAUAUACUGUUGAUACCUGACUGAAUAAAUUAUAUUUUACUGCA